CAGCCCCCAUGGCAUUCGCACCCUCACGACGACAGGAAGCGGUGCCUGCCCCUCCUCUGUACAUCUACCCCCCGUACGGCUACCCCCAACAGUAUCCUCUGCGAGAACUGACCGCCCAGCAGGUGGUGUCGCUGAGGACAGACCAGUGGCAGCCCUACACAAGCUCUGAACGACCAAGGCUGGCCACACAGGUACAUGCAUGCCAUUUCGGUGGAGCAAGCAUCACAUCAUACAUGCGUGUGUGGGUGUUCUGCCCAAUGUCAUGCAGGGCUCUGCGUCAUCGAGCGAAAUUCCUCUGCACAGCCGCUUCACUAUCAUCGAGCUGCCGGGUGACCAAUCGGGGCGGUUCGUCAUCCAGACAGACGGCAGGUUCCACGACAUCCAAUCUGACAGCGCACUCAGACCAAGGAGGGCCACCUCAAAACGUGAAAAGGGAAAGAGGCAGGCAGACAGAACGCCGCAGGAGACAUCGAUUGCAUUUCAUCCUUCAUUUCGUGCAGGGCCGACCAGACAUCGAGCUUCGCCUCAGUCGAGACGUGUCCACCUGCCUGUCCGCGAGAUGGACGCAAUGGCAACUGCUCCUGCGGCUGCCGGCGCUUCAGAUGAAGACUUGCACGGCACAGUAUCUGACGAUCAGCCUCAGGCAGCGACACACCCCCAGAGGCCCAAAAGGGUGAAGAGAGUGCUCAUCGUCAGGUCAGCACAGCCUUUGAGAUACAGCAUUUGCUGUCUCAUUUCAUGUUUAUGCUGUAAUGCAGGAAGAAGGCGAAACACCGAACACAUGAUGGGAACGGGCGCCCGGCUGGCGGUGAGAGGGAGGCUGGCCGGCACCGCAUCACUGAGUGGACACAGCAAGGGCCAACGGAGGCCGGGGAAAGCAUAUCCUUCAGGGGACAGAUCCCUUUCGCACCAAGUCAACAAGUGAGAAAGACCGCUGCGAGACAAGUCACAAGCUCAUAUCUGUGCAUGUCUCUGCCAUCUCUCAGGAGGCCCACUACGCCCGAUCGUCCGUGCCCCUUUACAAAUCUUCCUUCCUUCAACCGCCGCACCAUCGAUUCCCGUCUCCCGCAUACCGCCACUCCCACUCAGACAUGAGCCUGACCACCUCACACCCGCCACCGCCGUCGUUCUUCAAAAAAGCCAUGACCGACGGCCUCUCGCCACCCUUCCCUCUGUGGGAAGGAGAGCGAGAGGGAGACGGCCAACCUGGACAAGCUGCUGCUGCUGCUGGCGAGAGUGAGGCCGCCAGGCCGGGCUCGCAGACAGAGGGUGGUGGCAAAAGACCCGCAUCUCUGUUUGAGCUGUGCAGCAAGAGGCAGCCAGUGCAAAGGUCAAAGUCGGCCGAAUUGGGAAGGGGUCGGCAGGAUGCCAACAGAUGCCUCCAGUCAUGUGGGAUCGGCGGGCCCCUAGUGGCGAAGCAGCAGCUGAUGCAGCCGUCCUCAGGAACCACGCCCUUCGUGACGCCGCUGGAGCGCUCCCCCCGUGAGCUUGCGCCUUCUUACACCUUCGACACCGCCGGCGCUGCCCCUCCAGUGACGGUGACGCCCGUAUUCUACUCGCCACAGACGGUGCCGCGCUUCGUUAGCACGACACCUCCCCCUUCUGUGCCCCUUGCGAGGCCAACGCGCGCCCGCCCGAGCGAUCAGCACCGCGUGGAUUGGGGAUGUGCCUCUUACACAACAUCGCGAGGCGGCGUUCCUGUCUCAUUGCCCUCGUCUCCAAGAAGGGCGUUCUACAUGCCACAGCAGCAGCCAGUACGGCCAGUGAAGGAGACGCCCCGCUUCUCAACGAGAGGGGUGUCUCGUGAGGACAGGCCGGCUGGCGAGCUGCGGGCCACGUACGGGAGACAGGGAGCCGAGCGGCCAACCUUCUACUACUCAGCUGACGACAUCCAAGCCAGGAGCAUCACGGAAAGUCAAGCUCAGCGGGCAAGCUUCAUGACGGCCGUUUCGGAGGCCCCCAUCCGUGAUCGACCAUCUGUCUCACCUUCAAUGGUGCGUCGAGGCUUCCUCCCCUCACCCCCUCCACCGAAGGUCCCUUCAGACCAGCGAGCUGACAGCAUGGUCACCGCGCAGAGCACCAAGUUGUCCAGCGCCUACCAGACGCCAGCUGGGGCAGCCACUCCCGCGCGCAAGACCAUCGGCGGGCCCGCUCCAAGACGCGACGACACCCUCGACCACUACAACCCACCAAAUGAGCCGAGAAGCGCUUCCCUGACCGUCAGGGCGCCUGUGAGGUACUCGUUGCCAGAGGGCAGCCUGACGGCUCCGGUGCGGGUGCCGACUUUCCAGGGCCCGACUUUCCAAAGCAGCGCGACGGUCACGCCUGCGCGGUACCUCGGCGUGUCAGCAUCGACGCCUAUGAUUGACGAGACCCUCAGCAAGGAGGGGUACGCUGUGUACUAUCGCAUGAGCGGCCCUCAGGCGUCCACGGCUGUCCCACCUACCAGCGCCGGAUAUCGGACGCCGUACGAGCCGUGGUCGUCGCGACAGUCGCUGGCGCCGCCGUCAGCCCCCCGGCUGUCCACAGUUGGGGCGGUGUCCAUGUUCAGGGGCGGAGGGGGCGGGGGGGAGGAUGACGCCUAUACGGGGGGAGGUCCAUUGCUGGCCUAUGGAAAUGUGCCGUCUCAGCCGCACCCUGCGGCCUAUCUGCUUGAAGUCAUGUUGCGGCUGGCCGCUCGUCGAUUGUGGUUCGCGUCUGAGCGGAUCAAGCUGGAGAUGAUGCUGGAGGCCUUCCAGACAUGGGCCUUCUCCGUCAAGUGAGGCGGGCAGGCGUGUGCUGACAACCAGACGUGCUUACGUGUAUGGGAUCCAUGUGCUCACAGGUAUGGGGAGAUCAUCCGUGUGUGGGAGAUGGAGGUGAGGGCGUCGGAGGACGCUGUCAGGAGGGAGGAUGACAGGCUUGAAGAGGAGGAGCAACACCUGAUGGCCAAAUGGGCACAGAAGAGACAGGUAUGUCCGAUGAAAUCGAGACAGACCGACAGAGCUUGGUCUAUGAAACACCCCUCUAUGUGUGCUUUCAGGAGAUCUCCCGCCGGAGCAUCGACUACGAGACGCUCUUGAAGCAGCUGGACGCCACAUACAUGGAGCGCCUCUCCCAGCUCAGAGAUACCUACGAGAGUCGCCGCGACAACAUCCGACAGAAGGCGGAGGAAGCCAAGGCCCAGCGACAGGUAAGAACCACUGAAGAGACACGCCUGCGGUCUAUUCACUGUGAGCGCCGUGCUGUGUGCGGUGUGCAGAUGGCCCUGGGCACAGCGCAUUUGACUAAGGCGAUGGGGCGGAUGGUCUCAGAGCGGAAGCUGAAAAGUCUGCUGCAGUGGCGGAGUCAGGCGCUUCAAAGUGAGGUGCAGGCGGCCGUGGACAACUUCCUGAAGCCGUACAUCGUCCCCCUCAUAAAGCCAUCACGCUUCAGGUAUGACGACACAGACCCGCUGGGCACAUACGAGAUGGUUUGCUGCCAUCUUUCUGUUUCAGUGUCAUGGACGAUUUGCCUGAGAGCUAUGCGACCCUCUCGUCCAGUUUGCCUAUGCACACCCAGCCGCCAUUUGACGUGUCGCAGCUCAUCAACACGGCGAGGCUGACACUCAUGUCUGAGGAGCGACUGCGGACGGCCGUCGGGCGGGUGGUGCAGCAAAAGCGACGCACAGCGCUGAAGCUGCAGGAAAUCACCUACAGAAAGUAACUCGGGAGGGAAGCCCAAGCAUCUAAAUGUAUUCUUGGGCCUCGCUCGAUGAAUGUCAGAGAGGUGGGUACCCUUCUGCUGCGGUCCACCCUGCGAUCGGUCCUCACGCGACGUCUCAGCCAGGCCUUCGACUGCCUCAAGCACUACAUCUAUGCCGCCAGGACACUCAGCCCCCAAAUGCUGCAGCUCACUCUGCAGGUCGGCACACGCACACGCACACGCACAUUCACAGACGCAAACACACAGUGGUGCAUGACGUUGUAUGGGCGUCACCCCACCUCAGAUGUCGCGUCUCGCCGUCACCAAGGGAGACGCCCUCGUCUUCACGCCAUACGACGAGCACCCGACGGAAGAGUGGCAGCGGACAGCAGUAUCCACCCUGAGACAGACGCCGGGCGGCGAGGGGCGAGUCGACGACCACGUUGAAGACGAUGCGGCCGCGAUAGCCCGCUUCUUGAAGGAGGCCGAAACGUCUCACGGCGCCCCCGCGCCUCCAAUGCUCGGCAGCGCCAGCACCAGAUCCCACCCAGGAGAAAGAAGCUUCGCGUUCGUGAGCGCGGCAGUGGACGAACGACGGUCGACUGAUAGACUGGAGACGUUCCACUCGAUGUUUUCUGGAAUGGACGACUCGCCAGUGUCUGUUGCGCGGGUCAAGGCGGGACCACGGCCGGAGGGAGGGGGGUGGCUGGCGAGGCCUGCUGACGAUGAUCCGGUGGUGUCUCCGGGGGAUGGUCGGUCGAGGUCACGGUCGCCGGAAAAGAGAGAGAGGAGUGUACACGAGAAGAUGGCAUGAGUUAUGUAUGAGUGACGGUGAUGAUUGGGGGAUUUUGCUGCGCUUGUGGCUGGUUGGUUGGUUGAGUGCAUGGCGGUCGACUUGCUUGUGGAUCGAUUGAGCUAAGCAUUCAUGGC